GAGUGUAUAUCAUUUUAAAAGUUGUACUAAAGCAGUUUAGAACUCAAGAAAGUAUCCGUCGUUAGUGAUUUACAUUUAUAUUUUCUACUGGAUCCUUCACUGUCAACAGUCGUCUCGAGAAGUUUAGUUCAAUAAGUUUUGUUUUAUUAAUUUCAUUCAUUAUGAAUACGUCAAGGAUUGUCAUUCAUCGUGCAUUUAAAAUACUGAGACGUAAUUUAAGUACGCUUAAUAUUGAGCAGUUGUUAAGUGAAGAAAAUAAAGUAAAAACAUUGGAAAGCUUUAAAAAAUUAACUAAAGUUAAGUAUGGGGAGAAAAUUAAGAGACACGCAGCAAUUUUAAUUCCAAUUUGUGUAUCAAACAAGAAUGAAUUGAGUAUAUUGUAUACUUUAAGAAGUACAAAGCUACGUACACAUAAAGGGCAAAUAUCAUUUCCAGGUGGUCAUAUGCAGGAUGACGAUGGUCACGAGAUAGAAUGUGCUUUACGUGAAACUCGAGAGGAAAUAGGAUUAAAGCCAGAAUUUAUAAAAGUAUGGGGAACAGGUAGUCAAAUUACUCCUACUUUUGGUAUUUCGAUAGUUCCAGUAAUCGCAGAAAUAAGAAAUUUUGACUUGUCAAUGGUCGAAAAGAAUCCAGAGGAAGUAGAUGAAAUCAUCCCGAUUCCACUAGAGAGAUUAAUAGAUCCAAAUUUCUUUCAUCAUACACAAUUUCGAACGCCAAAAGGUCAACAAUAUGUACUUCCUGUUUAUACUGGUGGCAAGAAGAAAUUUUGGGGAAUGACGGCAUUGGUUACGCAUUUUUUAUUAUUAUCAAUGCUGCCAAAGGAUGUCUAUAAGAUUAGAAUACCCGUCGUUGCACCAUAUACUCCAUAAUGUAAAGUUCCAUUCUCAACACUUGUUAUGAACAAGAUUACCAAAAAAAACUGAAUAAGAUUUUAAAAAUCUUUAAAAACUCUUAAGUAGGAAGCUAUUUUUUUUUAGGAAAAUUGGAAAACGCAUUAAAUUAAGUGACUUAAUCAUGAUUGACACGUUUAAGGAAGAAAAAAAAGUUUUUCCUUUAUUUUUUAUUUUUGAUAUCCUUUUUAAUUUCAUAGUUUUAAUAAAGAUUCGAUGAUAAUACUUAUGUAGAUAAUCCAUAUUUUGAGUAUUAACAGUGAGAGUUUUCUGUGUGCUGAAUUAGACUGCGAUACUAUGAAUGUAGUAUGUUAAUUAUUGUGAAUAAAUAAAUGAUGGACGUUGACAUGAUAAAUUUUAUUUUGUUAAUGAUUGAGAUUAUUAAGAGAUGAAAAAGUUACAAGUAUUUGUAUUAUGCCGAUUAAGGAAGAAAUAA